GGGCGGAGUGUUUCUCCGAGUUGCCGCCCUGGCGGCUCGUUGCGGUAAAUGAUAACACCGGUGAGCGGAGCUGGCUGUCUCUGCUCCGGUUACUAUCAGCCCUGAGGACGGACCAGCCGUCAUCUAUUGUUUGCUCUGCGUUACUUCUCUCUGCUUGAAUCCGGGUUUUGGUGACACUCUGGCGGUUAGAGGAAAGUAGCCGCGUCGAGCCUCCUGGUCAGAUCAUUGACUGGUUUCCAUCUCUGGCUGUUGCUGGUACUUCCUUUUGAGGGCAGAUGAUGAUGAUGGAUGCAGCCAGCUUUGACCAUGAACAUGUUGGAUGGUACCUGCCAGCUUGGACCGUUUCUCUGUGAUCUCAGAAGAGACUCUCAGGCGAUUUUCAGACUUUUUUUUUUUUUUUACUCCUGACCUGGUGGAUGACCCUUACGGUAACAGAGGGUAACGCCUCGUCCUAAGCAGCCAUCUCCUGGGUGUCUCCAGGUGACUUCUUGUGUGGGGACCCAGUGAUGGAUCUCCUGUGGGUGCUCUCCGUGUCGAUGCUAGCCGCCUGCGUAGCUAUCCCCAUGGACGCUGCAGCGGGCAGCCACAGUCUGUUCACCUGCGAGCCCAUCACCCUGCGCAUGUGUCAGGGGCUGCCGUAUAACUCCACCUUCAUGCCCAACAUCAUGAACCACUACGACCAGCAGACGGCCGCUCUCGCCAUGGAGCCGUUCCAUCCUAUGGUGAACCUGCAGUGCUCUCCAGACCUCAGGAUGUUCCUGUGUGCCAUCUAUGCUCCGGUGUGCACCGAGUACGGCCGAAUGACUCUGCCCUGUCGCCGCCUCUGCCUGCAGGCCAGGAGCGACUGCUACAAACUGAUGGACAUGUUUGGGGUCAGCUGGCCAGAGGAGAUGGACUGCAACAGGUUCCCAGACUGCGAUGAGCCCUACCCUCGACCUGCGGACCUUCUGUCCACGUCAGACUCAACCGAGUCCCCCGUCUCCGUCCAGCGGGACUACGGCUUCUGGUGUCCCCGGGAACUCAAAAUCGGGCCAGAACUCGGCUACUCCUUCCUGGGGGUUCGAGACUGCUCCCCCCCGUGUCCCAACAUGUAUUUUACUCGCGAGGAACUGACGUUUGCUCGCUACUUUAUCGGAGUGGUGUCCAUCGUCUGCCUGUCGGCGACACUCUUCACCUUCCUGACUUUCCUCAUCGACGUSUCAAGGUUCCGCUACCCGGAACGGCCCAUUAUCUUCUACGCCGUCUGCUACAUGAUGGUGUCCUUGGUGUUCUUCCUCGGCUUCCUGCUGGAGGACAGAGUUUCCUGUAAUGCAGCGAGUCCUGGAAGAUUUAGGGCGUCCACAGUGACUCAAGGCUCCCAUAAUAAGGCCUGCACGCUUCUCUUCAUGGUGCUGUACUUUUUCACCAUGGCUGGCAGUGUGUGGUGGGUCAUACUGACCAUCACCUGGUUCCUAGCAGCUGUUCCUAAGUGGGGCAGUGARGCCAUAGAGAAGAAGGCGCUCCUCUUCCACGCCUGCGCCUGGGGUGUUCCAGGUGUCCUCACCGUCACUCUGCUCGCCAUGAACAAGAUAGAAGGCGACAGCGUGAGCGGCGUGUGCUUUGUGGGGCUUUACAACCUGACGGCACUGCGUUGGUUCCUGCUGGCCCCAUUGGGCCUGGAUGUUGUGGUGGGAGUUGUGCUCCUGCUGGCGGGCAUCGCUGCCCUUAACCGGGUCCGCAUGGAGAUCCCGCUGGAGAAGGAGAACCAGGAGAAGCUGGUGAAAUUCAUGAUUCGCAUAGGCGUGUUCUCCGUUCUCUACCUGGUUCCCCUGUUGACCGUCGUGGCCUGCUACCUUUAUGAGAGCAGCUACCGGACCGUCUGGGAGACCACCUGGGUGCAGGAGAAGUGCAGAGACUACCACAUCCCCUGCCCAUAUAAGGUGGAGAGCACCAGCCGGCCCGACCUGGCGCUCUUCCUCAUCAAAUACCUGAUGAUGCUGAUUGUGGGAAUCCCCUCUGUGUUCUGGGUAGGCAGUAAGAAGACCUGCUUCGAGUGGGCCAGCUUCUUCCACGGCAAGAGGCGCAAAGAAGCAUUAACCCCCUGUCCCACUGCCUGCUCCACCCACUCCUCCAUCCUCUCCUACCACACCCACCGCCCCACCACCUUCCCCUUGUCCCUCCCCACCCUUCUGCGUCUCUCUCUGCCCACCUUCUCCUCMUCCUCAUCUUCCUCCUCGGCCUCCUCCCUGCCCCGCCGCAGUGGGAUGGUCAACGACAGCCGCCAGGUUCUCCAGGAGCCCGACUUCGCUCAGCUGCUGUACCGGGACCCCAACACGCCCAUCGUGAGGAAGUCGAGGGGCACGUCCACCCAGGGCACCUCCACCCAUGCCUCCUCCACCCACUUGGCCAUGCUGGACGAGCCGCCCAGCGCCAGCACCAGCCGGGCCGGAUCAGUGCGCAGCGCUCGCUCUAAGAUGAGCAGUUACCACGGCAGCCUGCACYGCUCCAGAGACGGCAGGUACACGGCGUCCAGCAUGCCCCGCCUCAGUGAUCAGUCCAGACACUGCAGCACCAACCGACUGGACGGCCUGUCCAGACACGACUCCGCCUUGCGCCUGGACAGCCAAUCGCGGCACAGCAGCACCAGAGACUUGAGUGGCGCCGCGCAGGCCGUCCUCGGUGUCCCCGGAAACGGGAUUCACCGGAUGUUGGACGAGGACGGAGCUGCAGCCUGAAGGGACAAAUGAAGGAGGGAGACCCGCCCCGGGUCGGAGUGGGACCCAGAACCAGACUGUUGAUCCAGUCAGAGGAAGGGAAGUACUUUUGGAUCUUUGCCUUAAUGUCUCUCAGCUUUAUCUGCCAACCCAGCUGAUCCAAAAAAAAAAGACUCUCCAAGCUGACAAAUGGAGACGAAACUUUGGACCUAGACUCCUGAGCCUGACAAAAACAAAAUGUGAAUUUAAUUUUUUUUGUACCUGUUUAAUUUGUGACUUUGAAAUGGACUUAAUGAAUGAGACAGGAGCUUUGUCCUCAAGCCUGGGCAUCUUGGCACUCAAAAUAUUUAAAGCCUGAUUUUUCCCUUUAGCUCAGGCAUCUGAUGCAGUUUUGGGUGUCACAUGUGAAGCUUCUCUGAAGCUUCACAUGUGAAUCUUCUUGUGAAGCUUCGUGUUACAUCAGCCUGUUUUACACCGUCCCGAACGGUAGCUGUGUUUCCAUUGACCAUAUAAUUGCACAAAUUGACAUUUUAAAUAUAAAUUUGCUUACAAAAACAUGCUAAUUUCAAAAAACUCUUUUUUGCUAAAACGUUCUAGCACUCUGUGGUGUUUUUGUUUUUGGUAAAUUGGUAUAUUUUUGGAAAAACUUUUAUUGCAUCACAUGAUGCUGCCACUGGCUCAAACCACGAAGAAGACGACAGGAAGUGAUCAGCAAACUUAUUCAUAUGUAAUUUUUAUCGUUUUAUUUAAUGGAAAGAUCACAACUGCAAAAUAUAGGCACUUUUGCGCACAUUUGUAAUGGAAACGCAGCUACUGAUGCACAAUUGCACUGACAGAACAGAGGAAGUGUUUCAAAUUUUUUGGUUCUUUGCGUCAAAACCCAUUUAAUGUUGAGGGACAGGAGUGGAGCCGCACUGUCUCCACAGAUUGAGAAUCAAUUCAAAACCUUUCUACCUUUAUUGUAACGUAUAUCCUGUACAUCUUUUUUUUUAUCAUUUUGAGGGAGAAAAAAUAAAGGUGCAACUACCUUUGAACUAAUGCUGUACUAAUAGACUUUAAAAGCAUUCAGUCCUUUUUGUGUAGGAGUCUAGCAGCCCGCUCUGCUUGGAGGACGUCUGUCUACAUCAACUUAUCAACCCUCCAGAUUUGCAAACCCUUCUGUAGAUCAAGAUGUAUAUAUACUUGGACUCAUUGGGAGGCUGAAAGAUAAAAUCCAUCUACAACUUUCUAAUUGCAACUUUUACCACCGUCAUUGAAAAAAAAAAACAUGUUUCACAUCAAGAAGAGUUAACCUCCAGAUCAUUUAUUCCAAGUUGCUCCCUUUUUAAAUUCCCCCUUAUAUCAAAUGUUUGAUUGAAAUGUACAGGAUGAAAUGUACAAUAUAUGUGGAAAGGUUUUGAACUGAGAUCGUCUCAUAUCAUUAACAGAAUGUGUACAUUGGAGGACCACCUGAUGCAACAGUGCUUAAAUCUCAACUUUGGUCUCUUAGCAACAAGGAGCACUGAGCUUAGGUGCAAUUUGGAGGCGUGUGUGUCCCUUUCCGUUGCUCCAAGCACAAUUCCAACUGCUUGCCAACCCAAGAAAGUAGCUUAGAAAAAACAUUUCUUUUGGUAUUUUAGCAACCAGCACUAUUGAGCCCAGGUGCAAUUUGGAGGYGUGUGUCCUCCAGSCAUUGCUCCUGUACAGUGAAAUYCUAAGUAGUCUGUUUAAAUGUGUCCCUACUUGUAGCUACUGUAAAUGUUACUKAUGUCUUGUUUAUAGAUGUAAAGUUUUCAUUUGUAAUAAAAGCUUUUUAAAGAAUCCA